CAGCGGCCCAAGCGCCUUACCAGCUGUGACAGGAAGCAACUGGCACCGGAAAUUGUCUUAAGCAUCAGCAUUGAGCACAGGACACAUAUUGGAGAAAAAGUGGGAUCAUUUUUGGAAGAUACAGCAUAAGCCAACAAGAGUAUACAACUUCCAAGUAUAUUACAGCUUUUCAAUAUCUUUCCCUCUAGGCAAUCAUUAUUUCUAUAUAUCACCCACGCGCUAAUGUUAGUUCGUGUGUCUGUGCCACGGGGAGAAACAGUGACACAACAAGAAGCUAGGGCUAUCCUGCUAUCUCCGCAGCAAGGUCCCAUGGAAGUCAAAUUUUCGAGGUCAAGCAGCUGCCCAUGGAUUCCGAACGGAAAGCGAACCAGGUUACUGGCAAUGGACCGGCGUGGUAACGGGAGUAAUUCCGGUUAUCAGAUGCAUCAUGUACUUUUGAUAUCUUCAGAAACCUAGCCAGGCGUAUUGCCGGUGUUGUCACAGCUACAUGGCCGUCUGAAGGUACGAUGGACCGAACGGAG